AUGCGCCCUCUCUCCCCCGUCCUCGCCUCCCUGGCGAACGUCUUCCGCAUCCCGCUCUCCCAGAUCCCCUCCCGCCCAGCCCUCUCCCGGCUCAGCCCCGAGACCCUCACAUCGAGACCCGUCCUCUCCGCCCUCCAACACUCACCAGCCGCAGCCCCGGCCGCAUCGCGCCCCUUCUCGACGACAAGCGCCCUGCUGAAAAGGAAAGGAAACGCGCCCCGCGGGGACCGCAGAAUCACUCUCAUCCGCUACUUCCUCUGGCACCCGCUCACGCCCCGUCCCCUCCGGUUCUCCCGAACCCGCUACCUGCGCCACUGGACCAUCCACCGUGCUUGGCAGCUGUACCAGGCGCAGCAGCGCCGUGAGAAGCAGCUCGAGCUGCAGCGGCAGUGGCAGGCGAUGAACGCGGCGUGUGAGGAGCUCCGCACCGGUGCCGGCGACGGGGGCAAGCUGUUCCGGAUCUCGAUGAAUAAGCGCGGCGUGUUCAGGGAUCUGUUCCCCAUUGAGUAUGGGCGGAUGCAGACCGAGAGUCCGAGUAAGGAGGGGUGGAAUCAUGAGUGGAAGCGGGUGGAGAGGAAGUAG